UGAGGGGUGGGGGAUUUAAGGCUCUUCCCCUCGUCGUUACUCUCACCGUCUUUCACUCCCUCACACUUUAUAUUUAAACACAGUGUGGUGGCGUGGAUUAGAGCCAUCUUGAAACAACCAUGGCUGYGUGUGGGUUUGGGUUAUUUUUCGGAGUUUUAAUGGUUUUGGGGACCAUGAAAGUGGAAUGUAACGAGGAAUCAAUUCUGAUCAAAGACAUAUUCCGAGGCUACAACAAGAACAUUCGUCCAGUGGUUAAUCCUGAGGACAAAGUUCAAGUUCAGAUCAAGCUGACGCUCACUAAUCUUAUCUCCCUGAAUGAAAAGGAGGAGACUCUUACAACCAACGUGUGGAUUGAGAUUCAAUGGUCUGAUCAUCGCCUCGCCUGGAACGAAACUGAGUAUCAUGGGAUCGGACUGAUUCGUGUCCCGUACAACACAGUCUGGCUUCCUGACAUAGUCCUGGAGAACAACAUUGAUGGAAAGUUUGACGUUGCUUACUACGCUAACGUGUUGAUCUAUAGCGAUGGUUCGAUGUACUGGCUGCCUCCUGCCAUCUACCGCAGCACCUGCGCAAUUGAAAUCACCUACUUCCCCUUCGAUUAUCAAAAYUGCACUCUGGUAUUCAGAUCCCAGACGUACAGUGCCAACGAGCUGGACCUGAUCUUGGCUGUGGAAGAGAAGGAAACUAUUGAGUGGGUUCAUAUUGACCCUGAGGCUUUCACAGAGAAUGGGGAGUGGGCCAUUGUCCAUCGCCCGGCCAGGAAGAUGUUCAACAAGCAGUAUACUCCAGACGACCUGGAGUACCAGGAGAUCAUGUUCAAUCUGGUUAUCCAAAGGAAGCCACUGUUCUACAUCAUCAACGUCAUCUUGCCCUGCUCCCUCAUCUCCUCGUUGGUUGUACUGGCCUAUUUCCUCCCUGCACAAGCUGGAGGACAAAAGUUGACUGUGUCCAUCUCUGUCUUGCUGGCUCAAACUGUCUUCCUCUUCCUCAUUGCUCAGAAGGUGCCUGAGACUUCCCUCUCUGUCCCUCUGAUCGGCAAGUAUCUGAUCUUUGUCAUGAGUGUCACCACUCUCAUUGCCACCAAUCAGAUUGUGGUGCUGAACUUCUCGCUGCGCAGCCCGAGCACUCACAUCAUGUCCCACAGCAUCAAGCAUUUGUUCUUAGAAAUGGUGCCUCGCUUCUUGGGUAUGUCCCCACUGAUAGAUGACAGCGAGGUAACGGCGGAGGUAAACGGCGUGAGGGAGCGGCGGCGCAGCUCGUUCGGCCUCAUGCAGCGAGCUGAGGAAUAUGUGCUGAAACAGCCUCGCAGUGAAAUGCUGUUCGACAAACAGAGGGAGAGACAUGGACUCACUCAGUCCAUCGUAAACAACAUAGAUGUCAGCAGCACUGCCAACCUGUAUAAAAGUUUGGCCCAGGCUGCGCCAGAGAUCAAGCAGUGUGUGGACGCCUGCAACUUCAUCGCUGAGAGCAAAAGACAGCAAAAUGACAUUGGAUCUGAAAUUGAAAGCUGGGUACUGAUUGGGAAGAUGAUCGACAAGGUGUGUUUCUGGGGUGCCAUUCUCCUCUUCAUCGUUGGCAGUGUGGGAAUCUUCCUAACGGGACACUUCAACCGAGCGCCAGAGUUUCCAUUUCAAGGAGACAGCAAAAAAUAUAUCCCAACUGUACCGUAGUUGAUUAAAAACACAAAAUAAAUUCAUUUAAAAGAAGGUUCUUGCCACCGUUGAAACAUUUAUGAGUUUCACCAAACCUCGUGCUGUUUACGUGGAAACAGUUCAGCUUGUGAACUCCCCCAGACUGAGAUCCAGGGUUCAGUUAAGUCUGGUGAAUGGACUUAUCUUCAUAAAACCCUUGUUAGGMAGCUGAGCGUUUCGAUUUAAACUUCAACUUCAAACCUGAAGGGAUGUUUUAACUGAAUAAAACACUGAACAAAUAUGGUUCAUUGUAGUUUAAACUUAAAAGAAAAAGAAAAAAAGAUGAUGUUAUUAUGUGCAUAUUGUGUAACUGUUUGAAAAAGCUCGCCAUUAACUAAAUAGAUAUUUUUGUUUAAUUCUAAAGCUGCAAAUCUCAAGAUUUUUAGGAAACAUGCAGACUGAAAAAUACUAGUCUACAUAGUUUACUGUCUUAAAAAUAUUAUUUACAAGAGCCAGUCACUCUGAAUAAAAGCCUUACAUUUCUUACAGUUUUAUGAUUUGAUUUUUUAUUAAAUAGAUCAGUAAGUUAUUGUUUUGAGAUCAAUAAAAAACUGUAUUUUAUCCAUAUGUUCAAUAAGUAAAAUUAUAAGGAUAAGUUACACCAAAUGGUAAGUGUUUUGUGGUUUCUUUGCAUAAUUUAUUUUCUUUUGUUGUUGUUAUUUCUUUUUAAUUAUAGAGAAACUUGUGUUGUCCAGAUUCCACCUGACAACAGGGUGUUAGGCGAURAUUGUUUUGAUUUUAUAAAUUGUUUAAUUUUGUUUUGUAAGCUUGGUUAGUUUUUAAAAACAACAACAAAAAGAGCAAACAUUUUUGUGUAUUUAAAAUGGUUAUACUGAGGUCAUUUCCAGGCAAUUAAUGGAUAAAACUUAAGAAUAAUCAGAUAAAAUUAGUUUGUGAUAUUAUUCACAAUUGUGCUUUCAUGAAGACAGUGCAGUUUUUUGUUGUAAGUGCAAUAAAAUGAUUUUCUUUCAAAUGUAAAAUAAACCUAAUUCUUUCUUCUUCUGUUA